UUUAUGACAUUAGCUAACUGUUAAAUUAACCUUUUAAAUGAAGCUCAUCGUACAUUUCCGUUUCCUGUCGGCAGUCAGUUUGGAGGAGUUCGUCCCUUCGACGUGAACACGCAGUGAAACAUGGCUGGGAGACGAGUUGCACUGAAGACCAUUGACUGGGUGGCUUUUGCAGAGAGGGUUCCGCCCAACCAGAGGACCAUGUUUAAUAACCUGAAGACACGGAGUGAUGCUGUUGCUGCAAAGCUCACCUCUCUGCCAGAGAAACCCGCUGCAAUUGACUGGAGCUACUACAGGUCUGCUGUGGUUAAAGCAGGCAUGGUGGAUGAGUUUGAAAAGAAGUUCAGCGGCCUGAAGGUUCCUGAGCCUGUAGACACUCAGACAGCUCUUAUCAAUGCACAGGAGGCAGAAGCGAACACAACGGCUGCUGCCUACAUCGAAGCAUCCAAAGGUCGUAUUGCCCAGUAUGAGAAAGAGCUGGACAAAUUCCAGAACAUGAUUCCCUUCGACCAGAUGACCGUCGAAGACCUGAACGACACUUUCCCCGAAACGAAGCUGGACAAAGAGAAACAUCCUUACUGGCCACACAAACCCAUUGCUGAACUGUAAACGUAUCUACUCUGACCAUAUUCUAUAUAUAAUGCAUCUUCCACUGAGGAAGACCUGUACAGUAUGUGUAUUAAAUUCUUGUUUCAUCCAUUCAGGAGUCUAGUAAAUAACUGAAAUGUUGUUGUUUUUUUCCACUGUAAGAACUGUAUUACUGGAGGAAAAAAUUAAAAUGAAGCAUAUUAGACUUGAAAA